AUGUCGUUGUUGAUUCCAAACAGUAACGAUUACCACGAUGCACAUGGUGAUCUUGACCAAGAUCGCCUUUAUCAUAGUGUAAUUGCCGAGCGAUACUCCUCAAACCCCGAUCAACGUUAUUGGAGAUUCUCUGCGCAACAGAGCUUUUUUAAACAAUCCAAUCCUGACACCAACGACUUGGAGUUUAGAUACACAGAGCAAGACUUUGGUAUAGAGAAACCAUGGGGGUCCAUAGUAGAUGCAUUAAACGAAUUGAAUGCUUCUGCUCCAUCCAAUGUUCAGUACAAGUUGAUAUUCUUUGCCAGACAUGGUCAAGGAUGGGCCAAUGUUGCCGGUCGCAAAUACUCAAAGGAGGAGUGGUACAGUAAAUGGAGGUUUUUAGGCACAGAUGGUGAAAUUACGUGGGGGCCUGAUGCGGAUUUAACCGAGUUGGGAGUCAAGCAAGCACAUGAAAAUCACAAUGCGUGGGCCUCACAGUUGCAGAAGGGCGCACCAUAUCCGAAGUCCUUCUACGUCUCGCCCCUACAACGUUCCAUCAAAACUCACAACAUUACUUGGCCCAAUACAAAACCUUUGGUGGUGGAGCAUUUACGAGAGACAGUUGGUUUGCAUUUAUGCCACAAACGGUCACCCCGAAGUCAACUUCAAUCCAAGUUCCCUAACCUUGUGUUUUCCGAAGACUUUGAGGAGGAAGACAAACUAUUUGAACUGUAUGUCAAUCCAAGAAGAGAGCAAUUGCAUGAGCAAUUUGCAAGAAUUCACGACGUGUUGCAAGACAUAUUUGACAACGACGACAACGACAUUAUCAGCAUAACUUCACACGCGGGCACAAUCAGAGCAUUUAUCACAGUAAUCGGACAUCGUAAAUUUACAAUACCUACAGGAGGCAUGAUUCCUAUCGUGAUAAAAGGUGUAAAGGAAUAA